AUGAAAAUCGAACGUGUUGCUGGUAGAAUUCCAGAAGCAAAGGGCAGCAGCCAGAAGAUUCUCAUCUCUGUUGAUGGACUGCUUGGACAGAAGUAUUACGUCAUAAAGUUCAGCCCUCUUCCAAUGAGCUCCAUACCUUGGAAGAAGCCUAUCAAUCUAGUCCGCCUACUUCACUGCCCUAUUUCUCACUUCAUUGGGGGGAAAUGA